ACACAGCCUGAUGAGAGCAAAUCGCCUCUAUUUAACGCUGCCGCGGCGCACUCAACACUUCAUCCUACUUUGUUUCUCUUGACCGUUAGAAGCCAUGAAGACUGUUGUCCUUUGUGUCACUGUAGUGCUGUCUAUCACUGCGGUCUUCUCACAGGAGAUUGUCACACUCAACCUGCAAGUGUUCCCAGCUAAAAGCAUUGCGGGAGUAAACCAAUUGAGCCUUCUGAAUGACCAAAACAAGACCGAGUACGGUUUCAACAUCACCGAAGCGCGAGAACUUUGCACUAAACUUGGACUCACCCUCGCCUCCAAAGAUCAAGUCGAUGAAGCCCUCAAAAGGGGCUUAGAAACAUGCAGGUUUGGAUGGAUUGAUGAGCAUUAUGCGGUCAUUCCCCGCAUCAAGGCGCUUAUGAACUGUGGCCAAAACAAGAUCGGCUUGCUUCCGUGGCGAGCCCCACUGGACAAAAAGUUUGAUGUGUUUUGUUUUAACCAAUCAGAUUACACUGAACAACCACAGGAGGAAAUAGCAAAACCGAGUCCAACCACCAGCCUCGUUAUUUUCAACUUUUCUUUGCCGUCUGACCUUUCACUGCUGGACAACCUGGAAGCAGUAAAAUUUGCCCGUCUAGCUGGCGAUGAACCGAGCUCUGGGAGGGGGAAAGUGGUGCUCAUCACCUCUGCGUGUGCUGUUCUCCUUGUCGCAAUAGCCGUCCUUGCAUACAUGAAAAUGAAGAGGCGCUUUCAGAGAGCUGACGUGAUUCAAGAGCACGAAGACGUCAUUGAAAUCAAGACUUAAAUGACAGCUUCAAGCUUUUACUAGUCAGAUUUCAAUUUAAAUGUGACGCACAUCUGAUUUUGCACCCUGUCCUUUGUUUUGUACCUGUUGGUAAAUGUGACUGCUUGUAAGGAUUUAUGUAGCCUCAGCAUAACAAUCACAGUCAUUUUGAUUCCAGGAUUAUAAGUUUUAGUUGGUGGAAAUGCAUGCAAAUAAAUGAAACUUGCUGAAAGAACUAGA